GCGAACAGAAGUGCCUACCUCCUCCUCCCGGAGAGAACAACAAAGUCCCUCUGCGGCGGGGCACCUAUCAUCAUGGCCGUGUUGUGGAGUAAUUUGUGACAACUGACGCCAAGAUGAUGAACGACAUCAUAGAGGAGCCGGAGAAAGACACUCUGCUGGAGGCUCAGCCGGAGCCACAACAAGUUUUGACGGGGCCCAGCAGCGGCACAAGGCCUAAGACCACUGAUGGAGGCAUCAGGCCGGUUGAGAAAAGAGGACCUUACAUCAUGUCCAGAGCUCCAGCCAUCCACCUCAAACUACAGAAACACAGGGAAAUGGCGAGGAAAGCGCUGAAGAAGAAAGCCCUCUCACCAGGACCUCCGGUGAUGCAUCAGCCCAGACAAGGAGCCAAGAGAACGAUCAAGUUCAACAAGGGCUACGCUGCUUUGAGUCAACAUGCGGAGGAUACUUUGGUAGCACUGGAGUCAGACAGUGAUGAAGAGAUUGAUUUUGAGCAGUAUUCCUCAGGAUACUCUUCAGCUGAGGUCCAUCCUGAUCUAAGCAGGCAGCUGCUUCAGGACGGCUACCGUCUGGACGAGAUCCCAGAUGACGAGGACCUGGAUCUGAUUCCGCCCAAAGCCCUGGGCUCCUCAGUGUGCUGCUGCUCCGAGGGUCCGUCCUGCUCCAUGCAGUGAUGUCAAUGCCGUGACUCGAAUGUGACACUUACAAAGGCUCGGCUCCAGUUCCGUUCCAGUAACGUCACUGGUUCUGAGGCCUUCUUUCUAACCAAGCUCCACUGCUGCUUCCAGCUCUGAAGCCAAAUCCCUGCCUAUGCAGGACCAUGUGCACCGAGAUCACCUCGACCCACAUGAAAGCACGGAUGGACGAGAGAACAAGCCUUAUCCACUGUGACCCCAAAGCUUGACCUAUUUUUUUAUUAUUAUUUUCUUUUUAUAGGAUUACACAAAAUGCUAACUAUGCCAGCGCUCUACAUAGAGUGGCAGAGUAAUUCAUCAUGUGGGUUAUUUCGUCUUAACCCAGUGAAGAGCUAGUUACUGUCUCAUCCUCUCUGGUCAACAAGUUUGCAGCCCUCUAUAUGAGGUAAAGGGACAUGCACUACCUGUCUACAUGUGUGGUGUAUCAUGUUUUAAUGUCCAUGCCCAUCGGUGAAUCUGCAUUUCCCAAUUCUUAACUUACUGCUAAAUGAAAUAAUGACACCUGACUCAACCAUUGACAUUCCUUGACUACUGUUACAUUAACUAGCUGUUUUAUUUUUUACUUGUAUCUGUCCUCGAAAAAUAACUUUCGCGUUUUAUUCCGAAAUGAGAUGGCCACCGCUUGGGGAAAAUGUGACACCAUAUAGAAUACUUUUUUUUAAAUGAAGCACAGCACUGAAAUGAAAUAGGAUGUGUAGUGUCUGAGUGAAACCAUGUCAUGUUUUUAUGGCUUAUGUGUGUUCUUGUUCAGCAAGUCUUACUAUCUCAAAAACCUGAAAUUAAGUGCAGAAGGUAAGCCCAGGCCCCAAUGAUCUUCUAUUGGUACCUAUUUUUUUUGCGCUGUAUCUGAGAAGAUAAAGAAUUGAUUACAUUUUACAAGUUACACUGCUACAUACCACAAAGUAUGCAUUCAUUCAGUUGGCCUUGGAGAGAAGAGCGUAUGACAAAUUUGUCCUGGAAAGAUAGAAAUCCAGUGUUUGAAAGAGCCACAAGUACCAAAUGAUCCACUACUGUGAACAACACAAAAUACAAGCAAAUGAGUUACUGAAGUGCUUUGGUGGAUAAACCAAAGACAAUUUAUUUGAUUGGAAAUUAUUUUCAUUCCAGAAACAAAUAUCUGCAAUGUGGGGGGGACAAAGGAAUUUUAUAGGAAUAAGAGCAAAAUAUAUUAUGGAUUUCCAUAUAACUCAUCUUUUCAUUGUAAUACAUAUUCUUAUGUAGGUAGAUUAUGUAUUUGUUGAUCAUUUAAAUGAUUUUAAACAAUUGAUGCAUUUUACAUUUUUUUGCACAGACAGGAAAAUAUCUGGAAUGAAGGGAUUUCUUCUUUUUUAAAAAACACUAAACUUUUUUAUUAGGUACACCUGCCUACAACCGGUACAGUCUAAUAGCCCUACGGUGAUAUCAUACCCUUUUAUAUGUAUGUUUAGAUUUUGACUCAGAAGGUGUUAAUUGGAGGCUUCAGUUUGUGGUGCUGUUGAACACAAUUCAACUGCACCACAAACUACAGACUCCUAAAUAACAGUAAGACUUCUAUAAACAUAGUAUUUAUUGCAGGGCUGCUCUAUUAGACUGCAUUACUUUUAGUUAGGUUUACCUAAUAAACUGGCAUCAGAGUGUUUUUUUUUUUUGUCUUUUUUUGACCAAGAUGUGAUAUGCAGUAUUUUGGAUAUGUCGUCCAGGAUUUGAAAUCACACUCACUAGAUUUACAUUUGAGUUAGAUUCUUUUAUUUAUUUAUUUAUUCGUUGGGGACACUAAAAAUAGUUUAAAAAAAAAAUUAAAAAGCAGUUUUUUUAAAGAAGGAUUUCUAGCCUCGAGGUGUCUGACUGUUGUUACUUACUGGGCUUUUGAGAUAUAAAGUCAUAUUUACAUUCAUCAGUUUAAACUAAGUGUAUUCUGUUCUGUUUGUGUUAUUAUGUGUCAUUGUUUCUCAUACAAUAGACACUGUGCUUAAAAAUGUCAAUUCAAAAUCUAUAAAAAACAAAUGUACACUACACAAAAUGUGUCUGGUCACUUAUGUUACAGUAUGGGUCAUAUUUUACUAUUAAAUGUUGAUGUUUAUUUUGAACUGCGUUAACAGAAAUAGUUGAGUAUGAGAGUAGGUGACCGUGAUCACUUUCUCAGGAGAUUUUGUUUGUGAGUGUGCAAUUAGAAUAUUUUGCCCUUCACGUAACAUUAAAACAAAGUGGGGAUGAAUGUGUGGCUGCUGUUAUACUUACCUGCACACUACACUGUUAUGUUUCAUGCUGUGUUGGUUGUUAUGAGGUGAAACCAUCAGUCAUAUAAAUGAAUGGUAUAGCAUCAAGAAGUUCAAGACUGGAAAGAGACGGGAAACAUUUUGUGUUUAAA